CUUCUUUUCAAAGCCCUCGCUUCUUCUCGGCGCUCUUCCAGGUCGCCGGGCGCCGCGCGUUCCAUCCGAUGCUCAUCCUCUCGCGCGGGAUCUGGCACAGGUAAUCGACCAGCGCCCGUCGCGGCGCGGCGCGGGCGAAAUUUCGGCAGCUCGGGCGAUGCAUUCGGUGCUCGUGUCGCGGCGGUGUUGAAGCGGCGGCGCAUUCUCGGGGCUUUAGCUCGGCAGGGCCAGAUCUGAGGGUUUUAGCGGCGCCGCGAGCGCGCGAUGGCGCUGUCCGGCAUGCGAGGGUUGUCGGUCUUCAUCAGCGAUGUGAGGAACUGCCAGAAUAAGGAGCUGGAGCGGGCUCGUGUCGACAAGGAGCUCGCGAACAUUCGCACCAAGUUUAAGAAUGACAAGGGAUUGACGCCUUAUGAGAAGAAAAAAUACGUUUGGAAGAUGCUCUACAUCUUCAUGCUUGGUUAUGAUGUCGAUUUCGGGCAUAUGGAAGCGGUGUCUUUGAUCUCAGCUCCCAAGUACGCUGAAAAGCAGGUGGGGUACAUUGUCACCUCUUCUUUGCUGAACGAAAACCACGACUUCUUGCGGCUUGUUAUAAACACUGUCCGGAAUGACAUUAUCGGAAGGAACGAGACAUUUCAGUGCCUGGCGCUGACAAUGGUUGGGAACAUUGGUGGCAAGGAGUUUUCCGAGUCACUAGCUCCCGAUGUGCAAAAGCUGCUGAUUUCGAACUCCUGUCGGCCACUGGUGCGGAAGAAGGCUGCAUUGUGUCUUCUGCGACUUUACAGGAAGAAUCCGGAUGUUGUCAGCGUGGACGGCUGGGCGGAUCGAAUGUCUCAGCUGCUUGACGAAAGAGAAAUUGGAGUCCUUACGGCUGUCAUGAGCUUGCUCGUUGCUCUCGUGGCUAACAAUCCCGACGCGUACUGGAACUGCGUUUCAAAAUGCGUUCGUGUUCUGGAGCGCUUAACCAGGAGCCAAGAUAUUCCUCAGGAGUACACAUACUACGGUAUUCCAUCUCCUUGGCUCCAGGUAAAAACAAUGCGAGUUUUGCAAUAUUUCCCGGCGAUUGAUGAUCCGAACAUUAGGCGAUCCCUUUUUGAGGUUCUUCAAAGAGUCCUCAUGGGAACUGAUGCCGUGAAGAAUAUCAAUAAGAACAAUGCAACCCAUGCUGUUCUCUUUGAAGCUCUGGCUUUGGUGAUGCAUUUAGACGCAGAGAAAGAUAUGAUGGCACAAUGUGUUGGUCUACUUGGAAAGUUUAUUGCUGUCCGUGAGCCCAACAUUCGAUAUCUUGGACUGGAAAAUAUGACCAGAAUGCUUAUGGUUUCUGACGUACAAGAAAGCAUAAAAAGGCAUCAAGUGCAGAUAAUCACAUCUUUGAGGGACCCGGAUAUAAGGUUUAGAAUUAUCUUCAUCGAUCUCCUUGUUCAGUGUAUUUCUCUUUGCAGUAUUCGAAGGCGAUCUCUGGAUUUGCUUUAUGGAAUGUGUGAUGUAACAAAUGCGAAAGAUAUUGUUGAGGAGCUUUUGCAGUAUCUGACAACUGCUGAUUUUGCAAUACGUGAGGAGCUUGCGCUUAAGGCUGCCAUUCUGGCUGAGAAAUUCGCUCCGGAUCUGUCAUGGUACGUGGAUGUUAUCUUACAGCUUAUUGAGAAGGCUGGAGAUUUCGUUAGCGAUGACAUUUGGUACAGAGUAGUCCAAUUUGUGACAAACAAUGAUGAUCUGCAGCCGUACGCAGCCGCUAAAGCUCGAGACUUUCUGGACAAACCGGCGGUGCACGAGACUAUGGUGAAGGUGGCUGGCUAUUUGCUGGGGGAGUACAGUCAUUUACUGUCACGAAGGCCAGGAUGUAGUCCGAAAGAAGUGUUUUCCAUUAUCCAUGACAAAUUCGCAACCGUUUCGACGCCUACCAAGGCUAUUCUUCUUUCAGCUUAUAUCAAGAUUUUGCUGCAUUCACAAACUGUCGAUCCGGAGCUGCAAAAUCAUGUGCUAGCUGUUUUCAGGAAGAACGAAACUUACUUGGAUGCGGAAGUUCAGCAACGAGCCAGUGAAUAUUAUGCUCUCAGUCGGAAAGGCCCGUCAAUGGUGGACGUGAUGGCUGAGAUGCCCAAGUUCCCCGAAAGACAGUCUGCGCUUCUGAAGAAAGCCGAGGACACCGAAGUGGACGUGGCUGAUACGAGUGCUACUAAACUAAGGCUCAUGCAGCUGACAUCAACCGCUGUCGUUGUAGCAGAUCAAAAGCCUGCUAAUGGCGUUCAUCCAGCGCUUACAAGAGUACCUUCGGGGCAAAGAAACAUUGAGGCGCCUACUGUACCAGUUGCAAAUGGUGGACAGUCACCAGCUCCCGUAGAUUUUCUUGCUAUUGAAGCUGCACCUACGCACAGUGCUCCCGAAAGUUCGCCGCUAGUUGGACCAGGUGAUUCCCUGGCGCUAGCACUCAUGGACAAUCAGGCUUCGACAGUUCAGCCUACCGGCAGCGUCACGGAGUGGUUCGAUGCGCUCUGCAGAAAAGACAGCGGCAUUCUUUAUGAAGAUCCUUUCAUUCAGAUUGGUUUGAAAGCGGAAUGGCGUGGUAACCAAGGGCGUAUAGUUUUGUUUCUUGGCAAUAAGCAUACUGCACCAUUGUUAUCGGUGAAGGCAGUGAUAUUACCUCCCCGGCACAUGCAGCUCUUGACAUCGAACGUACCUGACACAAUUCCUCCUAGAGCACAGGUACAAUGUCCAGUGGAAGUCACCAACCUGUCUCCAAGCAGAGAAAUUCCUGUCCUUGAUUUUAGCUACAACAAUUCGUCAGCUAUGGUUAGCUUCAAGCUCCGGCUUCCCGUUAUUAUGAGCAAGUUCCUACAAGGAGCAACGCUAGCUCCUGCAGACUAUAUUGCUCGCUGGAAAGCUCUUAUGGGCCCUCCGAAUAAGCUGCUGCAAGAAGUGGUACGCGGGGUGAAGCCUCUUCCGCUCCAAGAAAUGUCCGACUUGCUUGGUAGUCUUCACGUUGCGAUCGCUCCGGGCUAUGAUCCAAAUGUAAAUAACAUCGUUGGUGCGGCAACUUACUUUUCGGAAAACCCGACUCUAUGCUUGAUAAGGAUUGAAACCGAUCCGGCAGAUCGGACCCAAAUAAGACUCACAGUGGGUACUCCGGAUACAAGCGUUGCCCUGGAGUUGAAGGAAUAUAUCAAAGAGAGGCUAGUUGAUAUACCAUCUGGUGCUGCGCCAACCAGCCUGCCAGGAAUGCCAAGCCCUGCAGAUGAUCUCGUUGGUCCUGCUGCCUCACUCGCUGGUUUGAUCUAGGAGACGAAAUUUUGUUGUUGAAUUGGUUUCUCAAGGAAAAAGCCUAGGUAUCUCUGGAUGUUCGAAAAUCUAACGGUUGUGAUUUUCCACUCUAAUUCUUUAAUUAUCAUUCAGAAUAUUUUGCCUCA